GACCACAGGUCGGCGCUUCGGUCUUUUCCGGAUAGAUUCGGUUGUUUCCGUGCUCUCCGGUCGGCGGCGUUCGGGCGCCGCCGCGCGUUGUGUGGCUUCGGCCUUCUCCGUGAGCGUUCGGCGUUUUCCGCGCGGGGCCGCGGCGCUCUCGGCGCUUGCUCCCUGGCUGGCUCUCCUCAGUCGGCCGCUGCCUGCCUGUCGCCGGGCUGGGAGAGCCUUGUGUGUGAGUGACGCGGCGGAGGUGUAGUUUGACGCGGUGUGUUACGUGGGGGAGAGAAUAAAACUGCGGCGAGAGCCUAGGCGCGAACGAAAGCAGUGACGGAGCAGCCCGUAACCGGUAACUAAAUGACCAUGGAAUCUGGUGCAGAGAACCAGCAGAGUGGAGAUGCAGCCGUUACAGAGGCAGAAACCCAACAGAUGACUGUACAGGCACAACCGCAGAUUGCAACAUUAGCUCAGGUAUCUAUGCCGACAGCUCAUGCAACGUCUUCUGCUCCAACGGUGACCUUAGUACAGUUGCCUAAUGGGCAGACAGUUCAAGUCCAUGGAGUUAUUCAGACAGCCCAGCCAUCAGUUAUUCAGUCUCCACAGGUCCAGACGGUUCAGAUCUCCACUAUUGCAGAAAGUGAAGAUUCACAGGAGUCAGUGGACAGUGUCACAGACUCUCAGAAACGCAGAGAGAUCCUUUCCAGACGACCCUCCUACAGAAAAAUUUUGAAUGACUUGUCCUCAGACGCCCCAGGAGUGCCAAGGAUUGAAGAAGAAAAGUCCGAAGAGGAGACAUCAGCACCUGCCAUCACCACUGUAACAGUGCCAACUCCAAUUUACCAAACCAGCAGUGGGCAGUACAUUGCUAUCACCCAAGGAGGAGCAAUACAGCUGGCUAACAAUGGCACAGAUGGAGUACAGGGCCUCCAGACGUUGACCAUGACGAACGCAGCUGCAACCCAGCCUGGCACCACCAUUUUACAAUACGCACAGACCACUGAUGGACAACAGAUUCUUGUACCGAGUAACCAAGUUGUUGUACAAGCUGCCUCAGGAGAUGUGCAGACCUACCAGAUUCGCACAGCACCCACCAGCACCAUUGCGCCUGGCGUGGUCAUGGCCUCCUCCCCAGCACUUCCUACCCAGCCAGCAGAGGAAGCUGCACGAAAGAGAGAAGUGCGUCUAAUGAAGAACAGGGAGGCAGCGCGUGAGUGUCGCAGGAAGAAGAAAGAAUAUGUAAAAUGUCUAGAAAACCGAGUGGCUGUGCUUGAAAACCAAAACAAGACACUGAUUGAGGAGCUGAAAGCACUUAAGGACCUUUACUGCCACAAAUCAGAUUAAUUUUGGAUCCCAUUUUCACUUGUCAAGGUGGGAUAGAGACUGGGUUUGCCCACAACCAGAAAGACAAAGUAAACUUUUUAUUUUCUAAACAUUUCUUUUUUUUCUAUGCGCGAAACUGCCUGAAAGCAACUACAGAAUUUAAUUCGUCUGUGCUUUGCAUUAAACUGUGAAUGUUCAAACACUUGCCUCCACUUCUCCUCCCAAGAGAUUAUUUUCAUCACAACUAUCCUGAGCGUGAAAAAGAAGAAGAAAAGACUUCUUUCUCGUGCCCCCCAGCAUUUUCAAGGAGUAAUAAUGUUCAUUUGUGAAGACUUGGGUGGGGAGGGUCUUUUGUAUGAUUUUAAGAGUUUGUGCUGACCUCUUUUGAUUGCCUUGGGGACAGAAUCACCCCCAUCCUCUUGGCCUGAAGUACUUUGUGGACCACAUAUAUAUAAAAGUAGGUAUGGCGCGAUGAAGAAGCAAUGGUUGCCAAAUAGAUACAUAUUCAUUAUAAACAAUUCAAAUAUAUGGCUGAGUGACAUGCCAAACGAAGGGAGCUCCAUACACAGAUUCUUAGUAUGGAGAGAAAAUUAUUAAACUACCCCAGGAGGCUUUUUGGUGUGUCAUCUGUAAUCUCUCUGCCUUCUAGAUUGAUAAAAGCUUCUCCAUACCUCAGAAACCAUUUCCUUUAUUUGUCAGUUGUUGCUUCUUGCAGUAAGUGUAUGUGUGUGUGUCUGUGUGUUCAAUAUUUUGAAUACACUAAAAGAAAUCACCAACUGAGUGAAACAUCAGGAUAUUGGAUGGGAAAUGAACUCAAAGUACCCAAAGGUACAAUAGUGAACAACUUUUGUUUAGAAGACAGUUACAUAGUAAACAAGAGUAAUGCUUAAAGCCCUACCUGUUUUUAUCCAAGACAACUAUUUCACUAACUCCAUGUAUAAAUUCAUUGAUGAACAUGGAAUUCCUCUGAAUGGCUCAGCUCUACUCAAACAAGUAGGUUAUCUGCAUUACUUUUAUGUUGAACACUGGUUUGCUAAAUUCUUUUUCAAACCCUGAGGCCUCCCUCUCUACUUAAAAUUCAUCUUUGUAAGACAACUUCAAAUAUGAGGACUACAAAUGUGACUAAAUAUUCCCUACUGAAUCCCACUUUUAGGGCGAGAACUCUGUUUGGGGAAAAUAUUGACUAUGAAUCUGCCUGUCCUAACCAUAAAUGUACAUAACUUAUUCAGUGGAUGGUUUUAAUGUAAAGGGCCAGAUCCAGCAAACACUUUACUUAUUGAGUAAAGUUGCUCACAUGCGUCAGACAUUUGCAGGAUCGGGCCCUUGAGUAUGCACUGAGGGGAUAGCUAUUUUUUCCAGAAAUACAUGGCAAGAAACAGUAGAUGUAUCAUGUUAAAAACAGUGAGCUCUGUACUCAACAUUAGGAUUUCCAUUGUGUGUCCAAAAAAAUCAUGCUUAGAUUGUGUAUUGGCCCUUUAAAGCCAGACUGUGAUGUUUUAACUUGGUCAUUUGAUGAAAUAAGUUUGCUCUGGAUCUCAGGUCCUGGUUAUUAUUUCAAGCUUUGUGUAUAUAGACAUACACACAAGACUAUGGUCUGUACUAAUACCUAGGCUAUCUAAGUAUUAGCUAAUAUUUUCUCCUCUUCACUCAAUCUGUUUAAGGUAAAAUUUCAAAUUUAAGAUCCUUUUAAAUGGUGAGACAGCCAAGAUGGCAUUAUAAUAAAAGACACUGAGAGGACUGUAACCAAUUGACUCAAACAGCUGUUAGCAGUAUUAAAAGUUCUGGCUUUCUUAUUUGAGAGGGCAUUCGGUUUUCAAGAGGUUUAAGAAAGAGCAAGGUUAAACUUGUAGCAUUAUUGUUUAAUCUUGGGUCAGAGAUAACUUCAGGUCAAGUUUUGUUUGUAUGUCAAAUUAAACAAAACUGGAACAUGAAUAUCAGGAUUAUGAAAGGAUAAGUUUUCAAAUCUAGGAUUGUCAAGUAGUUUUUAUACAUGGCCUAUUUUUAUCUGCAGUAGAGGAUUGAUUUUCCUUUUUUUAUUUUAUUUUAUUUUAAAUUUAGAGGUCACUUUAUGAGUUUAGUGAUGCAAACUUAAGGAAAGCCCCCAAAUUCUCAAAUGUGCUUUUAUUAAAAUUGGCAGAUUCUUAAAGAUGGAGAAUACAUAUAUUGGAGUGAAUUUGUGCCCCCACUCUAGACAAAGAGCUUAUUAUAAAUGUCUCAGAAUUAGUGCUAGAAGCAGAAGCCCUGAUGAUAUUGCAGGCAUGGACUACUGAUUGCCUCAUUUAAACAAUUAUAUGUAAUAACUCCAGCUCUGAGAAUUAAAACAGCUUUUUAAUACUCCACCUGAAGCAGGGUUUUUCCCACUACAGAACCAUCUAUUUGCAAAAACUUGGGUUUUGUGGUGAACCCGCAUGAAAUUAGUUGAUGAUCUCAGAUCUGUUCCUUUUAGAUAAUUGGCACUAAUUAGCACCUUUGUUACUAGUCUCUCAGCAGAGAGAGACCAAGAACGGAAUAGGCUGUGGAGACUGAACUGUCAGCCCCAGAGGUGCUACUUCCAGGACAUAUGGAAACAUAUUGACUGGGCAGUGUGGGAAAGCUCGCAUUGCUAAUGUCCAUGCUGUACAUGUCCUGUGGCUAGAAUCUUCAGGGUUAACAAUCCAGACCCUCAUCAGCAUUAAGGUCGCACACACAAAAAAAACUAAGCCUUCUAAACUACCCAAAGAGCUACAAGAAUCUUUCUUUUUGUACAUGCAGCAUUGAGGAUUUGGGGACUUGGAUUUCUUU